CUGCUUGCUGGAAAGAAAUGUGUACACAUCAGUACUAGAAUAGUUUGUUGUGCAAACUCGAAAGCUCGACUGAUAGCCAUGUUAAAAAGGCUGAACUAAGAACUGUAAUAGCAUUAGGUUACUUUAACAAACAUCUUUAGGUUGGGUAUUACAAUACCUGUAACUCAAAACCAGAAUUAUUGACCGGGAUCGCUGCGAGCGUGCGUGCUUUGUUUUUACAUGAGAAAUUGAUUUAAGAUGGGGAGCAGGCAAGCAGAUUUAAGACGAACAACCUCAGCAGGAUACCGUUUACCAGAAAGAUCAGCCGUUGAUCUAACGUCAAACUGUACUACCUCUGCCAGCAGACAGACAGAAAACAAGAGCAGAACAGCAGAGUCUUCUGGAAAGAACCUUCCUCCAGCCGGGAAUUCUGAUAAACGAGAUACUGUGAAACAAGACCAGAUCUGGAAAGAAUCUAUUCACGCAGAAUGGCAAGGAAACAAACAAUGGCAAAGGAAUUGGAGCUUUCUGAAAGAUUUUGAUCAACUGGGAAGACCAAAAGCAGAAGAGCCCUUGCCAGAGUAUGUUCCAGUGUUCUCAGACAAAGUUCCAAAUACAACGAACCGUACCUUUGGCAGUAGGAUGAACACAGACAUCGGACAGACACUAAUACACAAGGACAGUCUCCUUCUGAGAGGCAACAGGAGAAAGAAACUUAGUCAAGACUUGCUUCCCUGCUAGCAUCAAUACGACGUGGCAGGUGCCAGUCGAAUGAGUAGAAAAGAGCUGGAUCAGAUGAUGCUUGUUUUACCCAGGAAUGUGUAGUAACAAAUAAGUGGUCCACGGUUCGUGGAAUUAUCUAGUUUUAGUUUAAUUUUUAAAUGCCAAUUUAAUGCUUUUACAGUUUACCAUCUAAAAUUGUGCUGGCAGAAAUUUUGCAAAUCAAUGCUUUGUUCAUUGUAGUGUAAAUGCACCUUGAGUGUGUGU